AAUGAAGACGUAUUCAACCCGUGGAGGUUUUCAUUUGUAGUUUGACAACAUUGAAAAAUAACUCAAGUAAAAUCCUUCUUAAAGCUAAUCUAAUUAAAAUCUCCUGCGGGGCAGUGAAGAUAAUUCAACUGAACAUAACUAACUACUUUAUUGUGUAAAUCUGUGUCCAACACAGUGUUUAGAAAAGAUCUACUGUGGUCCUUCAUAUAACUUAAGCUUUAGGCAGAGCUGUAUGUUUCCUUUGUUAGACAGUUAAAUGAUGUGUUUGAACCUGAUAGAUUCAUAGUGAACUUUUUUCUAUAAUAAAAAUGUACUGAGUUCUUUUAAGACUGUUGCAUCAAUGACAUGUUAACAUUUACACAAAUUUCAGUUUUGUCUCCGGGUAAGUUACUGAAUGAAAGUGAGAAUGUUCCUCAUCAAAUGAGAAGUGGUAGAAAGAUGAAACACAUUCUGUUGAAUUGUGUGAGGUCGUGUUCUUUUUCUACUUGAGCAAGAACUGAAUAAUAACAAAAUCAAUACAGAUCUUUGCCCUUCCCAGAUGUCCCAGCAACAUGAGAUAAACACACACGCACACAAACAACGUUUUCUAUUUGCACUGUCGUGUUUGAUCUGGAGCUCUGGUGAAGGUUAACAGGCCCUGAACUGAGAGGGCUCUUCUUAAUGUUAGUCUUUCUGUUUGGUUCCACAGUGUGCAUGAGGCUGAAGCAGCAGAAACAAGAUGGCCGACAGCGCGUCCGUCGAACCCAGAGAAACAGAAGGAGACGGUGUCGAGCAGAGUCAGACGUGCCUCUGUGUUCAGAUGACGACUGGUUAAAGCUAGAAACACUACUCUGGUUGGCGGAGGCAGUUUCCAUCUUCUUAUAAGGUCACUGUGACCUCUAAUCACUUCUGUACCAGAAGUUGAAGCAAGUGCAGAUAAUCACGUUAACAAGAAUUGGACGGACAACACACAUCCCUGCAGCCACACAGUGAUGAAACAGCAGAUGACCUGAGUCCCUGUUGUCCUCGUGUCCUCGUCCACAGGUCUCUAAAUGCCCGUCCAGCUGCAGACUGCAGGGAUUGAUCUCACAGAUGCAGAGGGAGGUGGAGAGGAAACUGUGGAAGGUUUGCAAGAGGGCCAAGUUGUACGAGGACGCAGCCGACGCGUCCAUGACGGCGAUGACUCAAAUCUACAACUCAAACCGCAGAGUGAUAGUCAACAGAUACAUCUCGGAGCUGAAGUUUGUGGACGAUGCAGAGGAGUUGUCUCGAACUCUCACGUCCCUAAGGAGACGCUCGAGCAGUUUGUCCCAACGCCUCAAGGAGCUGCAGGGCGCUGUCAGGAAACAGGUGGAGGACUUGUACCGAGCGGAGGUGGACAUCGACAUGACGCUCCGAGCCUGUCACGGCUCGUGUCGGUCGGCGCUGCCGUUCUCCGUCGAUCACCCAAGUUAUCAGACACUGGAAACUGACAUGGACCAGAUGAACAAGGCCGUCCACCAGAGGAACAGAGCAGUGACACCACCUGAAGACACGCCACACGUCUUGAUCAAAACUGUUGAUAUGAGCCCGGCCCCGUCUGUGGAAUAUAGGAGCAUCCCAGAGGUCCAGAGAGAACUGCUGACCCAGUUUGAGGACAUAGGACAGAAUGAGUUAGGUCUGGAGGAGCUGCUGGACUCGGCAGACGUGGAGGUUCUAGAACAUUUUUGAAAAGGUGUGUCUCCUCCGUUUUAACAGGGCAAUGGUCAGAGUUUCAUAUUACCUCAUCUCAACAGUUUUAUUUAUUAGAGAACAUCUGUAAUGGAUUUACAUUGCUGUGCUGCUUGUGGACAUUUUAUUUUAUGCAUGUUAGUAAAGACUAUUUCACAAUCUAAUAA